UUUUCAGUGUGUGUUGUUGUGAACAUGGGCUUUGUAAUGUGUGUGCCGCUGUAGAACAGACAAGAUCAGAAUUGUACGACAACCAUAUAUUCAGUUUCAACUUUUUAAGAAGCUUUAUCUUUUGCCUCUUACAUACUCGGAAGUAGUCCCAAGCACCCAUUUACAUUUGGUUACUCUACGUCUACGGAAUUCCCGAAAGUCGAGUGUGCAAGUUUAGAGUGAGCAUGGCAGCCAUCUUGGAUGGUCAAUUCUUUGAUUUCAGCAUGGGGCCAUCAGAUAAAACUUACCAGUCUUCCAGUAGUCCAGCAGUCAUUGUCCAGAUCAACGAUGUCUUGCUUACACCAAGCGAGCUCCUGUCACCAACCGCUUUGGAAUACCUUGCUGAGGAGAUCGAGAUCAACACCAUCGAUGAGUUAGCUGGAAUCAUAGACAGACAUGAUUUGAAAGCAUGCGAUAGAUCCAACAGUGAAGAUGCCCAUCAGAAGCCACAUGAGACUAUAAUGGCUGCCCAUGCACUGCUAGACAUAUCACCAACCACCAAUGGGGAGGAGAAGAAAUUCAUCACAGUAGAUUUUAUUAGAGACUCACCGCCUUCCAGUCCACUACCAGCAGAAAACAUUGACCCAGGCGUCGCUGAUGAGCAGGAAGAUGAUGAACAUGGUGUCUUGAAACAAAGAGUCUCUCACAUUCAUCUUGAUGAGGAAACAAUGAGAGAGCUCACACAGAAGGGAAUGGCAACACCAUCAGUGGAAACACUCAAUACCCUUAUGCAAGCUACACUAAGGCAAACGGACCCUAAUCAAGUACUGACAGUUCCUACAUCUCAGUUUGCCUUUGAGCCUCCAUCAGAACAUAACAUUGAGAUGAGUUAUGAAAUCAGCAUCGACUCUGACCACCAUCAAAACCACCAUCACAAACAUCAUCAUCACCAUGAAGGGAAGGACCAUAAACGGCAUAAAAAGUCUAAAAAGAGUCGUAAGCCAAAGGUCAAAUCAGAAUCGCCUCUUCAACUUUCAAAUGGUGGCAUCAGGAAAAAGCCCAAAGAUGCACACACAACAUAUCUCUGGGAGUUCUUACUGGAACUACUUCAGAACACUGAGAUGUGCCCCAGAUUCAUCAAGUGGACGAGCAGGGAACAGGGUAUCUUCAAGCUGGUUGACUCAAAGGCUGUUUCCAAGUUAUGGGGUAUACAUAAGAACAAGCCUGACAUGAACUAUGAGACCAUGGGUAGGGCUCUGAGGUACUACUAUCAAAGGGGGAUCCUUUCAAAGGUCGACGGGCAGAGGCUGGUAUACAAAUUUUGUGAGAUACCAAAGAAUAUCCGUGAAAUCGACUGCAGUUGAGGUAUUUUGGACUUCAGCAUACAGACAAUCUUCCAAAAAUCAGCCUUGUGACUGGUUAAACAUUUUACAGAGAUUCCAGAUUAUAUAUAAAUAUAUAGAUAUAUUAAGAGAUACUUUAUAUUGAUGUGUUUGAUCGAACCGCAUAUUCCAUACCAAAUUCAUGCAUCUGAAGAAGGAGAAGCGAGAUACCAAGUACUUGAGAAGGGAUUGUCGAUUUGAGAGCGAUUGGGACUUACUUGUUGCUGCCAGAUGAGAAAAGGAGAAAGUAUGGAGCAAUAGUCACAGGAAGCAAGGAAAAGCAUGGAUGAUCAUGGGAAGUGAUUUUCAUGUACCUCUUUCCAACAUGCUUGAAAAGACAUCACUUUGAAUGUUCAGAGAACGUGUCCAUUGUGGAAUGGAAAAUUUUGAAAAUUUGAAUCCCCACGUGGGAUUGUAUUCUUCUAAACUUUCCUUUUAAAAUAUUUUGUUAUAGAUGUUCAUUAAGUAAUUUUACAUAAAGAACAACAACUGUGGUACAUGGUACAACGAUAGCAUUAUAUCGUUAAUGAACCACUGAGUGAUGGCAUAUGAAUGGCAAUGGCAAGAUGGUGAUUUCUGGUCUUGAAGUCCUAAAAUAUCAGUAAAUGAGGAUCUAGAUUAGGAAAAACUUAUUUUCCCAUUAACAUAAAAAUGGUUCAUCUCAUGUUGUAAGAGCUUCCAUUUAUUUUUUUAAUUUGGAAACACAUUAAUUCAUCACCUGAAUUCCUGUACAAAAUUUCAUCUGUUGAUAGCCUAAAACUGCAAAAAUGGUAAUACCUGAAGAUGACGCUUUACAUUUCCAUCCAUCCCUUCUGGCUGUCUGUGUGGCUGUCUAGUUAUGACUUUAGAAUUAGUGGGGGUACAAUAUAUCAUGUGUGUGAGUAAGAUUGAAAGUAGGCAUGCAUAGAGUUUGCACCUUUGCAUAAAUAUGACCAGAUUAUGUCAGUUUAUUUGCCACACCUUGAUCCAAAUCAUUUUAUGAAUAUUCUCCCUGAUUGUCUCAAAAAUGAAGGCUACAAUUGUGAAUUGUAUGUUGAGUCUUUUAGUAUUUUCUGCUUGUGUAGGAAUGUAUUGUCUUCCACAACUACUGGUUGUUAAGGAUUUCAUGAUUGUUGAUGUGGUCUGUUAGGAGCCAGAAGUGGGAUAGCUCUGAAGGAUACGAGUUGACCUUCGCUCUUGGCUCUCAGCAGAUGAUAUAUGAGAAGUAGUGAAUAGGGAACAUGGGAAGUUUCUGGGGUGCCAUUUUGGUAUCAACAAAAACAGCUUUGGGAAGCAAUCAUAAUAAUUCAUUGUUCCCUCGGACUUCACCCUAUAAACAGAUCUAAUUUGACAUUUGUUUCUGAUUUUUCACCUUUGUUGACCUUUCCUAUCUUGACAUAUGAGAAAAUCCUUUUCAUAUUUGUUAAAAGUUUAUAAAGCCCCUGCAGAACAAUGAUAGAACAGAUUGCAAAACAAUAGGAUUUUCUAUUGUGUAUAUAAGAUUUUUUAAAUAAUUGUUUUGCAAUGUCUAAACAAGAUUUUAGUUGUAUUUAUUUUGUAUUUGUAUCACUAUCAGUUAAGACUUGUGUAUACAUGUAUGUAUCUUUAAAAGUGCAAAUAAUAUGGGUCAAGUUCUGGAAGAUUUGAUAGCAAUCGGGAGUAUAUUUGUUAGUCUAUGACGAAAGUUUAUAUUCUAAUAUUCUGAACUGAAUUCUUUAAAAUGUUAUUAAUAAGGUGCUUUAUCUUGACAUUUUAAAGGUCAGCUGUUUGAUUUUCAAAUUGUGAGUUCAAUUGUUUCAUCUGAUAAGGCUGUCCCCACACAUUAUACCUUUGUAUACAGCCUGAGAUUGUAUAUCUGCCAGGACAAGUACAAUGUCUGUUCAAGUUUACCACGUUUGAAUAUGUAGAUGUCCAUGUUUUUAAAGCUUUUUAUUGCCACUUUAUUUUCCCUACUUGCAAAACCUUGAAAAUAUAUGACUCCACAUAGAAUGCUCCAUGUCUCUCUCUCUUGUUCUCUUUUGCUGAUCAAUUGCAGGAGAGUGUCAAUUGAUUAUUUUACAUGGAUUUAAUGCACUCUAGCUUUCAUUAUACAAUAUUACCUUUUAAAACUGUUUAAUUCUUGAUAAAAUUCAUACAGAUCCUUUUUUACAUUGAAAAAUAUGGUGUUCUUAAGCUCUAUCGAUAAAAUACAUAUUCAUGAGGCUCUUAUCCAAUCAGAAAGCCACCUCAGGUGCUUAUUUUGUCUUCAAAUGAUCCAAAAGAGGCGGAGCCUAAUCCCAUUCGUGUAAUGGUUUCCGCGCGUGCUGCUUUCCAUCUAGUAAUUAUAUUUAAACGUUCUUAAGCUCUUCCUUUGACCUAAAAAGGAAAAUCAGAUGAAUACAAAAUUUAUUUUCAAAUUAUUCAUAGUGUUUAUUUUUUCCUAUUACCGGUGAAUAUUUGGAAUCGACUUUAAACUGUAAUUGUUGAAUAUGUUUCAUGUAAGUUGCAUUUGGUUAGUUUAUUUGAUCAAACCCCUUGAACUAAAACAUGUAGAUAGUAAUUGCAAUGCACAUAUAUUUUAAUAGCUUUUUGACGAUCUUGUCGAUUGUAAACAGUUAUUAGCCGGGCAUUAGUAGAUCAAUUGGGAAUAAGACAAACCAGUUUCUUGCCAUAAGAACUGAAUGUUUCAGUUGUACCUCAGACAAGGUUUUACUUGUUUUCCUGUUUUAAUGUUUACCACAUAAAAUGUGAUCUUUUUUAUUGUCUUUUUGUGCAAGAUAUUUUAACUUCAGGAUAUUAAGAGUCCUAUAUAAUGCUUGUACGAAGGAAAUGAUUAGGACACUGUUAGCUCAGCCAUCAUUAUGACUUAUAGAUAUAAACUGAAAUUGUAUGUACAUACUUUUGUAGAAAAUCCUUUAUUUUGUAGAAAUUCAGAGGGACCUGCCCUUACAUAAAAAAGAAAGAAAAAGAACAUCUUUGGAUUUUGAUAGGUAUUAACCUAAGCUCCUUUGGGUAACAAAUUAUUAAAGACUUUUGAGUGUACUGAUAUUCAUUGUAUGAACCAGGGCGCUAUGAACUCAUUAAUCUCGGUUGUAAAUAUUUCAUGGCCACUUUCAAAUGAUGAUAUUUUAUGCAACUCGUUCCUCUUGUAAAUUUGUGUAAAUAUUAUUUUUAUGUUUUGCUACAUAUUUUUCUUUCAUCCUCAACACAUGGGUUUAGUGUUUAUAUCUAUAUUUCUGGCAGCUUUUUUCUGGAGUUAAUUACUAUAUCCCAUUUUUGGGGUGAUGUAUUUUGACAAAAAUUUUCCCAGAAGAAUUUGUACAAUGUACAUGUAGAGUACUUUCACUGUCUUCAAAAAAUGUUUUAAAAAUCCAUUUUCAAUUAGGAAAACAAUAAAUGAUACUUGAAAUGCAACAAAAAGUCUUUUAUAGUGCAAGGUUGGAGCAUGUUUCUUUCAUUGAUAAAAGGAACAUAGCCCAUCAAUUUAAUCAAAUAAAAUGUAAUUACCAUCUAUCUGAUUUGUUGCUCUUUAUGUUACUCUAAACAGGAAAUUACAAUUUAUUUAUUCCCUAUUCACUGCCAUCAAGCUUGUUUAUGAAUGCAGCUUUAUACGCACAUACAUGUACCUUCUAAGAUUCUAGAGACUUGACUUUUCAGUAUCAUAUAGUGAAAUACAUUUUGAAACAAAAAGCCUGGUACCCGUUACUCUGUGUAACUUGUUCCUCGCAUUGUGACAUACAGGAUACAUAAAAUGCCUAAGCCUAAAAUGAGAGCAGUCCCUAGUUUUGUGAACUUCACUUAUUUUGAUUCAUUUAAAAAAAAAUGUAUUUGAUUAAAUCAGUGUCCUCAACUGGCAUAUUAGAUUAUAUUAUUGAAAUGUGUGUAGAUAACCAUUUUCAUAUGGUCAGAACCAAGAUUUCAUGAUGAAAUUGAAUGUACAAUGUAUGACCUCAUGCAUUCUAGGCCUUUAAAAUGUACGCCCUUAAAUUUAGAGAUGUUAUGGGAAUUGUCUUUAAAAAAAUAACAUAACACUAAUUUGACUACCGUACAAAUAAGCAAGAUAUGCCAGAUAAAUUUGUUUAAGUUGUACAUGUUUAGUUGAUGAAGUGAAUAAGGCCUACUGAAAUAGCACGUAGUCCCAUGUGUGUAUAUGUGUUAGCACUCAUUAGUUUGUAUUUGCAGUAAAAUAUCCCAUGUUGGUUGACAAUUUGUUUGUCAGAACACCCCAGUUUAAUGCAUGCUUUUAAUUCAGAAUGAUUCAUUCUUUCAUUCAUUCAUUUUAAUUACCAAAAUGUUAAAGAUACAUUGAAUGUGAGUAUGCAUUGGUAUUCGGUAAUUUAGCCAGUUUUGGUCUUUAAAGAAUGUGUAGUUCCACGUUUCCAUCGACUGAACUCGCCAGAAUAUCAAUGAAAAUGAAUUCAAGUAUUAUGGGAUAUAGAAUACGGCACCAGGGAUUUGAGCUCUUUGAAAUCAAGGCUUGUUCACAUUCCGAGGCAAUGAAUUGUUUAUAAAAUGUACAGUGUUAAAAUGAUAUUUGUUAUGUAAUUAAAAUGACAACAUCGAA